CCUAAACCCAUAAAACAGGGAAACUCUGAAUCCAUUGUAUAAAAGCCUGGAAGGCCAGUUGUCCGUUUCCAAGACGCGCCAUUUCUCCGGCAGACGCGGUCAAAUCGUCCGGUGAUUUUGAGUUCCCGCGAGUUCGUCUUUCUCACUCUCCUCCAUUUCCUUCGUCUAGCUCCAGAAAAAUGGCGGUAGCAGCACCGGCCUAUCUUUUUCUGUUCGCUUCCACUCUGGCAUCUCUCUUGGCGGUUACUUCGCAAGCUGAGCUAUUCGCCGACGACAACAGCAGCAGCUUCAUCCGUCAAUUGCAAGAAGCCAAGCUCAAGCUCGCGCGACUAGGAUCUGAUUUCGAGCAUGCCGAAGCUCGAGACCGUAGACUUGAGGAGAACGGGAAAGAAAUCGAGGAGAUGGAAAAGGAGUUCGCUCAUCUUAUGGCUAUUCUCACGAACCUCAAGGAUGAACUAUUAGCUGGAGAUAGUGUCGUUAUUACGCUGGAGAAAGAGAUACGAGAUCUGUGGGAUAAGUUGAGGAAGAACGAGUUCGAUAUCCAGGUCUUGAUAUUGAAAGCUAAAGAAUCUGAUACGUCUCCGGAUACAGUUGCUUUACACCUUAAGAAGGCAGAAGAUCUCCUUGCAGAACGCUGGAUCCUGAUUCAUCAGUUCGAGCAGGCUCUUCAACUCCUUGAUGUACUCUUCAUCCCAACUGCAAUGAGGCUAAUGGAAGCUCAAACACAAGCAAAGUAUUCAAGGUCCCCAUUCUUGAAGUACAUGAAUGACCUGAAUGGAAAUAUUUCGAAAGCGAAGCGAUUUGAUGUAGAAUCUGGCUUGAGUUCCUACAUAUCCUCCAUGCUCGAGCAGUUGAAGAGACUCUACUCAACAGUCAAAGAGUUCCACUUCGAGUUACAGAGUUUUGUCAGACAAAUAAUGGAACACUAUGAAUUCACCAAGUCCAUUGCCAACGACGAGGUAGUGUUUUUCCUGGUGCAUGGAUCUUCCUAUCUGCUCACCUACUGUAGAGUCUGA